CUAUAUAUUGUGGGGGCGGGUGAGAGAAGGAUGUGCUUUUCUCCCCCUUAAUCUACAAACAGGGCAGCUGGGAAGGGAGGGCAGGAUUUGGGGCGAGGUGGGAGGAUGAAAGGAAAGUAGGGGAGUGCCCCUCCCCCUUCCUCCUGUUGAAGGGCUGAGACUUGAACUGAGGCCCCAGUUCCGCGCAUCUCUAGGAGUUCCGGGUUCUCCCUGGCAAGAAUCCCUGGGGCGCUUUUGAAUCCACGAUCCUGGUUCCCCUUUGUGUGGAGAAUUAGAGUCCAUGGAAGGGGUUAAAGGAAGCGAUAGAGGCCUGGAUAGAGACCCCCGUCUCCCUCAUCUCCCCCCUCCCUGCUCUUCCUGCGAGGCUCCUCCUGCCUCCGGAUGAAGAGGUGGGAGCGCUUGGGAGAGAUUUGGCAAGAAGGGUGAGCCUCCCAGGGGGGCCUCUGGGCAAAGGGGAAACUCGGGGGUGGAGGAAUGAGAGCAGAGGAAGUUAGGGGGCUGAGGGAGGAAGGGAAGCAUCCCUGGGAGAGGAAUCGAAGCCACCUUGGAGAAAGAGAGAGAGACUUGGGGGCUGCCUGCCUUGAUUUCUCCCUCCGGCCCAGGAAUCUGCCAUGACUUCCAAGUCGACCAGGGAGAGAUCCCUGAACAGGAGGCCUGAUCCACCCACCCUCUCCUCCCUUGAAGCUCAGUCCUUGCCCUGCCAUAAGUCCCAGAUCAGCAGCUUCCUGGGGCGCUGGGGGCUGUUAUAGCGAGUCAAGCCAUUGGGGGAAAGAGGAAAGGGAGGAAGCCCACUUUAUUAUUUCCGCCCUUUGAGGCUUCUGCCUUGUCAACUACAGCCUAACCCACAUGCCUGUGUUUCUGUGGAGAAACACCGAAAGGGUCCCUACCCAGAGAUAACUGUGCCCAACUCCUUCUCUCCAUUCCACCAGGUUUCCAUUAUUGCCACUAUUUCAGAUCUCUUAAAUCUGUAGGAUUUAAGGGAUUGGGAAGAUUGCUAUGAAAAUGGGUGGGGUUCCUCCCCUCCCCAGCCUGUGUAAUUAUUACUACAAUUGUUAUUUUUAUUUAUUUUAUGAAUCUGUUAGUUGCUUUCUCUUGCCCAGGGCAGCCCAAAGUGACUUACCAGCAAUUGGUGGUGCUGCUGUUGUUGUUAUAUUCUAUGGUGACACUCCAAGAAAACAAAUAGGAUUUUCUCUCCCGCCACCCCCGUCGAAAAAAGGCAGUGGAGAAGGGAGUCAAAAUUCUGGUGGGCCAUGUCCAAUGGGAAUAACGAAGAAACCAUUUAAAUACAUGGAGUGUGAAAAGAGAGAGGAUAAACAAUUUGAAAGUAUGGAGUGUGGAAAGAGCUUCACUGAUAGUGGAACACUUAAAAUUCAUCAAUGGAGUCACACAGGGGAGAAACCAUUUAAAUGCAUGGAGUGCGGAAAGAGCUUCACUACUAUUGGAAACCAUAGAAUUCAUCAACGGACUCACCUGGGGGAGAAACCAUUUAAAUGUAUGGAGUGUGGAAAGAGCUUCAGUCAGAGUGGAAGCCUGAAUUUACAUCAUCAGACUCACACGGGGAAGAAACCAUUUAAAUGUAUGGAGUGUGGAAAGAGCUUCAGUGGUAGUGGACACCUUAGAAGCCAUCAACGGAUUCACACGGGGGAGAAACCAUUUAAAUGCAUGGAGUGUGGAAAGAGCUUCAGUCACAGUGGAACACUUAGAAUUCAUCAACGGAGUCACACAGGGGAGAAACCAUUUAAGUGCAUGGAGUGCGGAAAGAGCUUCACUGAUAGUGGAACACUUAAAAUUCAUCAACGGAGUCACACGGGGGGGAAACCAUUUGAAUGCAUGGAAUGUAGAAAGUGCUUCAGUGGGAGUGGAACCCUGAAUUUACAUCAUCAGACUCACAUGGGGAAGAAACCAUUUAAAUGUAUGGAGUGUGGAAAGAGCUUCAGACAGAGUGGACACCUUAGAAUUCACCAACGGAGUCACACGGGGGAGAAACCAUUUAAGUGCAUGGAGUGUGGAAAGAGCUUCACUGAGAGUGGACACCUUAGAAUUCAUCAACGGUCUCACACAGGGGAGAAACCAUUUCAAUGCAUGGAAUGUGGAAAGAGCUUCAGUCAGAGUGGACACCUUAGAAUUCAUCAACGGAGUCACACGGGGGAGAAACCAUUUAAGUGCAUGGAAUGUGGAAAGAGCUUCACUGAUAGUGGAACACUUAAAAUUCAUCAACGGAGUCACACGGGGGAGAAACCAUUUAAAUGCAUGGAGUGUGGAAAGAGCUUCACUACUAUUGGAAACCGUAUAAAUCAUCAACGGACUCACACAGGGGAGAAACCAUUUGAAUGCAUGGAAUGUGGAAAGAGCUUCACUGAGAGUGGAAAACUUAGAAUUCAUCAACGGAGUCACACGGGGGAGAAACCAUUUAAAUGCAUGGAGUGUGGAAAGAGCUUCACUACUAUUGGAAACCGUAUAAAUCAUCAACGGACUCACACAGGGGAGAAACCAUUUAAAUGCCUGGAAUGUGGAAAGAGCUUCAGUCAGAGUGGACACCUUAGAAUUCAUCAACGGAGUCACACGGGGGAGAAACCAUUUAAGUGCAUGGAGUGCGGAAAGAGCUUCACUGAUAGUGGAACACUUAGAAUUCAUCAACGGAGUCACACAGGAGAGAAACCAUUUGAAUGCAUGGAAUGUGGAAAGAGCUUCAGUGAGAGUGGAAACCUUAGAAAACAUCAACGGACUCACACAGGGGAGAAACCAUUUAAAUGCAUGGAAUGUGGAAAGUGCUUCAGUGGGAGUGGAAGCCUGAAUUUACAUCAUCAGACUCACACGGGGAAGAAACCAUUUAAAUGUAUGGAGUGUGGAAAGAGCUUCAGUGAUAGUGGAGACCUUAGAUGCCAUCAACGGACUCACACGGGGGAGAAACCAUUUAAAUGCAUGGAAUGUGGAAAGAGCUUUACAGGUCAGAGUGGAGACCUUAGAAAACAUCACCGGACUCACAUGGGGGAGAAACCAUUUAAAUGCAUGGAAUGUGGAAAGAGCUUCACUGAUAGUGGAACACUUAAAAUUCAUCAACGGACUCACACAGGGGAGAAACCAUUUAAAUGCAUGGAAUGUGGAAAGUGCUUCAGUGAGAGUGGAAGCCUGAAUUUACAUCAUCAGACUCACACAGGGGAGAAACCAUUUAAGUGCAUGGAAUGUGGAAAGAGCUUCAGUGGGAGUGGAAACCUUAGAAAACAUCAACGGACUCACACGGGAGAGAAACCAUUUCAAUGCAUCGAGUGUGGAAAGAGCUUCAGUGAGAGUGGACACCUUAGAAUUCAUCAACGGACUCACACGGGAGAGAAACCAUUUCAAUGCAUCGAGUGUGGAAAGAGCUUCAGUGAGAGUGGACACCUUAGAAUUCAUCAACGGAGUCACACGGGGGAGAAACCAUUUAAGUGCAUGGAAUGUGGAAAGAGCUUCAGGAGGAGUGGACACCUGAAUUUACACCACCAGACUCACACGGGGGAGAAACCAUUUCAAUGCAACGAGUGUGGAAAGAGCUUCAGUCAGAGUGGACACCUUAGAAUUCAUCAACGGACUCACACGGGGGAGAAACCAUAUAAAUGCACAGAGUGUGGAAAGAGCUUCAGUCAGAGUGGAACACUUCGAUUUCAUCAACGUACUCACACGGGGGAGAAACCAUAUAAUUCCAAGGAAGCGGACAGAGGUUCAGUUGAAGUGGAAGUCUUACAAACCAUCAAAAGACUCUGAGGGGUAAGAGCUGUAAGAGUGGAAACUCUACAAGCCAUCAAUUAAAGAAGAGAAAUGGUUUAAAUAGAAGGAUUGUAGAUUCUGCUUUGGUUAUUAUGGAACACUUUUUAGAGUGUAGAAUCUGUUUCUCUACGAGUUGACAAUUUCUCUCACAUCAAUAACAGGAAAUCAAUCUUAAAUGCAUGCAUCGUAUGUGAGCUGUUGUUUGUAUGUAACAUUGUCUACACUUGUUUUUAAAGUAAUGAGGGUAACAUUUCAGAAAAGUAAGCAUAAUAUAAUACUUAAUGUAGUGUUAGAUAGGGAGGGGAGUGUGUGCGUCUGGAGUGUUGCUUCUGAAUGAGGAUUGACUGAGAGUGAGAUGGUUUUGGUGUUUGGUGGAGGGAGUUGGAAAUGUUUGUAUGUGGGAAUGGAGAGUUGCACAAAGUGGAACUGAGAUUGGUGGUGUUGCUUUGGAAGCAGAGUUAGAUUAGCAUAACUCCCACUGUUAUAAUUGCAAUAAUGGAACCAUGAAGACACAGAAAGAUUGAAAGCACCUACUUAUAUGCCCAAGGUAACCUUGAAACCCUCAUCUGUUGUUUUGAUAUACUGUAUAGAUAUAUUGUGCAUAGGUACGUUUUGUGGCAGGAGAAAUAAAAGGGAUAUUUAGUGGCAUAACAAGGAAAGGCUCUGUUCCUAGCUGCACGUCUUGCAUGAGGAGGGAAGGGGGCACAGGCAAGAAGGGGCCGUACCAGAGCAUCUCAAAGCAGUGGGGGGGGGGCACAGUGACACAAGUGUGUGUAGAAUGCUACCCCCAAAAUGACACAAGGGAGAAACAAUAAUGUGGAAGCAGGCAGGUCCGAAACCAAGAGUGCUAAGGGUCAACUUCUUCCAAAUCCACCAGCUGCCCCAAGGCAGGAGCCACCUCUGGGCCCUGAGGGUGGAAAGCCUCCCUCCAGCUUUGCAAGUGGAGAUGCUCCUAGGAAAUCCUCCUGCCAGCAGACCACAAUGCGUAUUAUUGAAGGGCUUCUGGUUUGCUUCUGAUCUGAAUGGCGGUGUGAUCUGUGUUGUCUUAACAAAGGCAAUCUUUUCGUGGCUUUUGUCCAGCCUGCUGCUGGAUGUGCCUCAAUCUAUAAAACAGUGUUGGGGAGGCUGCCUUUCUUUUUUGGUGGGGAGAAGAUAGUUGUCCCCAGGUAACUGCUCAGUGUCCCAGUAAGGCUGCUUUGGGGGGGGGGAGCACUCCUCUCUGGUUCCUCUCAGGCAGCAAAUGUCUUCGCCCCCCCCCAAUGGCUGGCUCCACAACUGCGCUUCAAAGAGGAUCUUUCAAUGCAAACAUUGGGAGGCGUCUCCCAACAGCAACCCUUGUCUACUGUUAACAGAAAAUCUGAGGGCUCCCUUGGACAAAACAAGACCCCAACCAAGCAUAUCAGAGCAAAACAGCAGCCAGUAGGCUUGGCCUUUAUUAAAGAAAGUACUGUCGCGACAGGGCCCCACCUGCAACAAGGUGAAGCAAGAUGGAGACCCUGAACAAAGGGGGUCUUCCCUUUUUAUUAGCAUCCCACCACCAAGGUACACCCCUAAAGAUACACCACUAAUAUGUCACUAAUAUGUCAUUGAUACAUCACAAAAAGUAGGGGUCCAGAGGUAGAAAUUUGAGUACCUGGCCAGCUGCUCCUGGCCUCUUCUUGCCCCCUCCCUGUUACAUUCCACAGGACAAAGAGAAGUUUCACAGUCAUUAUGAAGGUGAUAGCUGUUCUUUGAUUAGAUCCUGAGUCAAUCCAAUGUCUCUCAAAGCAAAGAAAUGUUGGAAUUAUGAAAAUCCACCACAGUAGUGAUUUUAUAUGAAUUUCCAUACCUUUCUACUGAAUAAAAGGAGACUAAAAGGUGCUGUGAGUUAAACCACAGAGCCUAGGGCUUGCUGAUCAGAAGGUCAGCAGUUCGAAUCCCUGCGACGGGGUGAGCUCCCGUUGCUCAGUCCCAGCUCCUGACAACCUAGCAGUUCGAAAGCACCUCAAAGUGCAAGUAGAUAAAUAGGUACUGCUACUGCGGGAAGGUAAACAGCGUUUCCAUGUGCUGCUCUGAUUCGCCAGAAUCGGCUUAAUCAUGCUGGCCACAUGACCUGGAAACUGUACACCGGCUCCCUUAGCCAAUAACGUGAAAUGAGCACCGCAACCCCAGAGUCUGUCACGACUGGACCUAAUGGUCAGGGGUCCCUUUUGUUAGGAUUCCGUUCCACCUCAAGAGGAACAGGCAUGUAAAGUGUUGCUGUGUGUCACAUGAUUGUACACUUCCGUUUUGCGCUUAUUGUAUUUGCUAUGCAGUACGCACUUGCUAUGCUUAUGCUGAUGAAGAAAGACACGUUUGGUCUUGCUGAAUAAAUGCUUGUAAAUAUGCAAGAGAACGUUUCUGUGUCUCCUCUUGUUGCUGCUGCUGCCAACCACGCUAAACGCUGGAGUGGACUCUGCAGAUAACGUGUCCAAGUUCACAGAGAAAUUGGACCGAUUCCAGUUGGCUACACCGGAGGGAGAAGACACCUGGCAGAUGCUAACCGGGGGGCUUGGAGGCCAGGUCUUCAGUGUGUAUGCCAACACCUUUACCUUUAAAACUCAACUGGUUAUAAAAUAGCAACCUUAGAUACAAUGUAGCAAGCAUCGACAGCUGUAGUACCCAAGUGGCCAUUGCUAGGGGGUGCUGUUUUGCAACUGCUUCUGAUACCCUGCUUCUGAUUGGUUGGGAAACCAGGUAACUGUCAGAAAUAACUGACAGCUUGCUGAUUGGAGAUUGCCAGCCCAUGGAGAGGAUGAGGUCCUGCAGGAAAAAAUCCUUCCUGUUAUAAAUUAAAAAGAUCAUUGCAUUUCAAACUUGCCUUUGAACCAGCUGUCCUCCAAGCAGCUCCCAUGUGAAAUAAGCGGAUAUAUCUAUUUCUAUAUCUAUAAUGGCAAGGGAUAAAACCUCAACAGGGUGCUAAUUAGCUGUGCAAAAUUGGAAGUUGCAAGCUCUGAGAUCAGGUCUUUGCAGAGCCUGCUUGUCCUGUUUUUCACCAUGAAUGGCUGCUGUUUCGUAAGGGGAUCCUGCAAUGUGUGAUCCUUGACAAACUGCUUUGGGCAGCAUUAAGGAUGGGUCUCUGUGGGUCGCCCAGUCAGCCUUAUAAUCAAAAUAAAUGCCUAGGCAUUUAAACUACUUAUCUAGCUGAAUGGUGUCUCCACUUAUCACCCACUUAUAUGCUCUCCAUGUUGUUGUUUAGUCGUGUCCGACUCUUCGUGAGCCCAUGGGCCAUAGCACUCUCCAUAUAAGACCAUAAUUUCUAACUUCUCCAAAUUUAGUACAAGUUUGCUACCUUCACAGUAAGGUGGUCGCUCUCAAUC